AUGGCAGACUUGCCUCGGCGCAUCGCCCUGUUACCUGAGGAAGUUCGCGCUCGGCUGUCUUCGUCCAUCGACAUUACCUCCCACGAGCAGGUUGUGGUUGGACUCCUGGAAAAUGCUCUAGAUGCAAGUGCCAGAUCUAUCAAAAUUCAUUUGGACCUCGCAAGGGGCUACUUCUCAGUCCAGGAUGAUGGGAUAGGUAUCCCGCAGACUGAGUUCAUGGAGACUGGAUACUUGGGACAACCACAUUGUACAUCAAAACUGGAAUCAUCAGGUAAUCCCUUUGGUCGAUAUGGACGCUUUCUGCAUUGCCUCUCUGUUGUUUCUCUCCUGUCUAUCACCUCCCGCCACAAUCUCGACACAUCCGCCAGUAGACUAAUCCUCCGCCGAGGGAGUGUCAUUCACCGGAAGUUGCAACUGGAUGAGCCAGGAUUUGACAGCCACCAAUCAGGUACCAGAAUUGAGGUCCAUAAUCUUUUCGGAGACAUCCCGGUCAGAUCAAGAUACAUGUACGAAAAAUUUGCCUCGUCAAUGGAGAUUGAAAGGGCUUUUGAGGUGUUGCGGGGGACUCUUACAGGCUAUCUCCUCGCGUGUUCGGGUCUCAUGGACCUCUCCUGCACCAUGAACGGCACCUCCCGGCGAAUAGUUCAUCGUCGACCCUUUGACAUGGAUUCUGCGAGACAACUUACUCCGGGCAUGGUGAUCUCGAUUUUGUCCCAGACCAUACCCGGAGUGGCCUUGAAUACCACUAAUUGGAGAACUGCUUCGGUCAACACAAGCAAGCAUUCCAUCAGUGCUGUAAUUUCUGCGGAGCCAGCCCCAUCGCCAUUGAAUCAACACAUAUCAAUUGGUAGGACUCCGGUACAUGCUCGAGAAGACUACGGCAUGUUGUUCAGGACCAUCAACAACCGGUUUCGCAGGUCAAGGUUUGGGCAGAUCCCCAGCUUAUGCGCUUCUACUGCCGUCACGGUCAUGCCAGGGGAGCCGUCACAAGACUCGGUGCACAGCCAGUCGCAAAAGCGAGUAGAUCGCUGGCCGAUGUUCUACAUUCGUGUCAACGAUCCUGCCGAUGGUGAAGCAAGUCAAGGUUCACAUCAGAAGGCUCCGCUUACCAUCAGGGAUACCAACACUUCCAUUACUAGAGCUCUAGAAUCUAUGAUCUCUCACUUCCUUGUCGCAGAGGGCCUCGAGUCGGGCCCAAAGAAGGCACAUCUUGCACAUCGUGAUAAGAGCCGCCAAAGACAGGAGGUGCGAAAAGCUACAUCUACAUCGGCAUACGGGAGUCUGAAGACCACUUCUCAAUUGAACCAGUGGCAUCGGAUCAAGAGUGGUCGUUCUAAUCUGAAGGAUACUGAUUAUGGACUACCAUUUGCCAAGUCAGCGGCUGCUCAAGACACUCAGGUAGAAAGAAAUCAAGAAAUCCAGCUUCUCUUGGAGGAAUCAAGCUCUGAUCAGCCCGACAGAGACGCCCGGCUAUGUGAAGACACUUGUAUUGCGCCGAACAAGGAAAGCAACGACCUGGCGCACUCCUCGCUCGAUGACACGCAGAUAGGUGGUAUGAACGAGAGUGUCAUUUGGAUCAAUCCUUGCAACGAACGGCCCAUUCAUAUCAAUUCUCGAACAGGCUCAACCGUUGAAAAUGACGAGACUGUCUCGACCACUCGACUUCGGACACGUAUAGCUUCUCUGCAUGGCCCUGGUGGGUCCAACAUUACCGGCCCAACCCUGGAUUACAGUCCCAAUCUUGAAUCCUAUGGGAAAAUACGUCUCAAUCAGCAUGAAACUUCAAUUAUCUCAAUCCCAUCGAGUGAACUGAUCGAUCGGGAGGAAACGGCGCCUGUGUAUCCAGUCAAAUGGAGUAACCACGUAACCAAGGAAGGCUUAUCUCGAGCAAAUAUUCUUGGGCAGGUCGAUCAAAAGUUUAUUCUUGUUACCAUCAAGGAUUUGAUCAUUCUGAUCGACCAGCACGCGGCUGAUGAAAGAGUCAAACUGGAGCAACUGUGUCGAGACUUAUGCAUUGGCGAUGCCACAAUACUGGCCAAACCUCUCAUCUUCGAGAUCGAAGAAAAUGAAGCGUCUCUAUUCCAGUCGUGGCAAGCAUAUUUCAAGAAGUGGCAGAUCAUAUACACGGUCGAACAGAGCACGAUGAAUGGUCUGGGACACAGAGAAGACACGAGACGACAAGGCCUGUGUAUCAGUGUUACGGCUCUUCCCAACCUCGUAGCAGAGCGAUGCCGGGCGGAACCUGCACUGCUAAUCGAACUUAUCCGGAAAGAGUUGUGGUCUGAUCGUUCUCAGAGCAAGCUGGAAACUUGUUCACGGCCAUCCUUGCCGCAAUCAUGGCAUGCCAUUGCCUCAUCUUGCCCCCACGGAAUCCUGGAGCUGCUCAAAUCACGAUCUUGUCGAACUGCAAUUAUGUUUAAUGAUAUCUUGGAUAUUGAAGAGUGUCAGGGGCUUGUCCGACAAUUAUCGAAGUGCGAUCUGCCAUUUCAGUGUGCUCAUGGGCGACCCACUCUAACCGUGUUGACGAAAAUGGGUCUAUUGGAUAAAGACCCUGGAAGCGGUGCUCUCGGAACGGAAGCGCCCAUGUAUGAUAGCAGAGAUGGAUUUGGUGCUGCAUGGGUCCAAUGGAGCUCGAGUUUCUAG